UGUCCUGUGCAGGUGCUGUCCCGCCUGGGGGUGGGUCCCGGCUGGCGCUUCGUGGACGUGUUGGGCUUCGAGGAAGAGGCGCUGGGCGCUGUGCCGGCCCCUGCCUGUGCACUGCUGUUGCUGUUCCCCCUCACCGAGCAGCACGAGAACUUCAGGAAACAACAGACUGAGAAAAUAAAGGAUCAAGAAAUCAGUUCCAAGGUGUAUUUCCUGAAGCAGACAGUCAGUAACUCCUGUGGCACAAUUGGUCUGAUACAUGCAGUUGCUAAUAAUAAAGACAAACUGAAGCUUGAUGAGGGGUCCGCCCUGAAGAAGUUUCUUGAUGAAACAGCUGAUCUGUCUCCUGAAGAGAGAGCUAAGCAUUUUGCAAAUAAUAAGGCUAUACAAGAAGUUCACAAUUCGGUUGCACAAGAAGGACAAUGUCGGGUUGAGGACAACAGCGUGAACUUCCACUUCAUCCUGUUUGUCAAUGUGGAUGGGCAUCUGUAUGAAUUGGAUGGGCGUAUGCCAUUUCCUGUGAACCAUGGCACAACCUCGGAUGACCUGCUAUUGAAGGAUUCUGCUAAGAUCUGCAGACAAUUUACAGAACGUGAAAAAGGAGAAGUUCGUUUUUCUGCUGUGGCUUUCUGCAAAUCUGCCUGAGACUCUGAAGAGAUGCAAGGAAAGCAGUCUAAUAGCACACCAGUAAAUGCAGUCUAAACUCCAGUGCUUCAGUACUUGUUAAACACAGCUGUUCUGGUAACUUAAAUUGUUUCCACCUUUUGCUAUACACAGGAGCAACAUCAGCAGAGCUUAUGCUAAGGAUGAGCUCAAGUUUUAAUGUGAACAGUUUGGACACAUCAGAUGUCUUUAGACUCUUUUUUCACAUGUUAAGUAGAAAAUGCUUAACAGGGCUUGUUUAAUCUGUGUCAUGUUAUUUGAGCUGUUGAUUGAUAUUUCCUUGUCCUUAAUGAGAAUAAAAUAUUCUGUUGGAAGACUGAA